UUACAAAUAUGUUACCAAAAUCAAACUCAAAACCAUCAUAUUUAACCUUUUAGGUUGCGUUUGAAACAUAUUAGUAAUUAGUAAUUAGAUUGUAUUUUAAAAUACAAGAUUUUUAUUGUCAUGUUUUUUUUGAAGGAAAAUGCAAUGUUUAGCAAGAUAGAUGUUAAUUAGACCGUAAAUUAAUUUUGUGUAAUAUUUAUAUCAUUUUGAAACGCGCGUAUUGUGAGAGAGAUCUCUCUCUUGUAAUCGUAAGGGCGACACACAAUACCGCAGAGGCCCAGAGAUCGUGAAAAGGGAACCAAUGCAAGGAGGUUCGUCAGGCAUCGGAUAUGGUCUGAAAUAUCAGGCAAGGUGCAUAUCCGAUGUCAAAGCUGAUACAGAUCACACCACCUUUCUCACCGGCACUCUCACUCUGAAAGAAGAAAAUGAGGUACAUUUGAUCCGGAUUUCGUCAGGAGGAACUGAACUAGUAUGCGAUGGAUUGUUUUCCCACCCAAACGAGAUCUGGGAUCUCGCUUCUUGUCCCUUCGAUCAACGAAUCUUCUCCACUGUCUACUUUACUGGCGAAUCGUAUGAGGCUGCAAUAUGGCAGAUACCCGAGUUGUAUGGCGAGCUGAAUUCCCCUCAGUUGGAAAAAAUUACCCCAAUUGGGGAAAAUGUUGGUAAGAUUAAGUGCAUUCUUUGGUGGCCAUCUGGAAAACAUGAUAAGCUGAUAAGUAUUGAUGAGGAAAAUCUUUCCUUAUGGAGCUUAGAUAAUAUGCCAAGAAAAGCUAUCCAGAUACUAUCACAAGAAUCAGCUGGUAUGUACCACUUUUCUGGAGGAGCAUGGGAUCCACAUGAUGUGAAUGCAAUUGCGGCGACUAGUGAAUCUUCACUUCAGUUUUGGGACUUACGAACAAUGAAGAAAACAAAUUCAAUUGAGCGCUCUCGUGUACGCAAUGUUGAUUACAAUCCCAAGAAGCAGCACAUACUUGUCACAGCAGAAGACGAAUCUGGAGUGUGCUUGUGGGAUCUCAGGAAGCCAAAGACUCCCAUUCAGGAGCUUUCUGGGCACACACACUGGUCAUGGGCUGUCAAGUAUAAUCCUGAGUACGAAGGGCUUAUUCUGAGUUCUGGUACAAACUCAACUGUCAAUUUGUGGUGGGCUGAUGAGUUUACAUCUGAAAGAGUAGUUGAUUCACCAACUAGAGCAAAUCAUCUAGACCCAUUACUACAUUCUUAUAUUGAUUAUGAAGACAGUGUUUAUGGCCUUGCUUGGAGUUGUCGCGAGCCUUGGAUCUUUGCGUCAUUGUCUUACGAUGGAAGGGUAGUCGUGGAAUCAGUAAAGCCCUUUUUAUCCAGAAGAUGAAUGUUCCAUACAAAUGGCACCGAUGCAGUUGGUAGUAUUUCUCUUUUUUGUUUUUGGUGAUAGGUAUAUUUGAAGAAAAUUAGAAGAAAUUCAACCCAUUUCUUGUUAGGUUGCGUCUUAUUUUGUUGGUAUGUUGAUUGGGGUUUCAUGUUUUAAGCUUGCAUGUUCAAUGUUUUUCGAUUUCAAACCGAUAAAUGUACCCCUGUGGCCCCAUAUUUGAUAAGAUGACAACUAAACUCGUUCUGUGGAUUUAAAAA